AUGUCCUCACCACCCAAAAACCUCAUAAUAGUAUGCUGCCACGCAAUCUACACCACCGGCCCAACCCACGGCCUCUCCGAAAAAGAAUGGCUCAUCGCACCCUUCCAAACCGGUGAAACACCCACUUUCAUCGCACAUAUCCAGAAAGGCCUGGCUCUUCUCUCAUCUGAUCCAGACUCACUUCUUAUAUUUUCAGGCGGGUACACGAGAUCUGAGGUGAAACUGUCAGAGGCGAGGAGUUAUCUGAAUUUAUGCGUGGAGAAUGGGUUUUGGGGCGGGGAAGGGGAGGGGAGAGUGGUGCUUGAGGAGAGGGCGUUAGAUAGUUUUCAGAAUUUAUGGUUUUCGAUGCUGGAGUUUCGGAGAAGGACGGGUGCGUGGCCAGGCAUGGUUAGGGUGGUGAGUAUGGGGUUUAAGGAGAGGAGGUUUUUGGAGCUGCAUAGGAGAGCGGUGAGGUGGCCUGGGGAGAGGAUGCGGUUUGUGGGUGUGGAUCCGGGGUAUAUGGAUGAUGGGAGUGCGGAGUUUGAUAGGGAGAGAAUGGAGAGGGUGAGGAGGGGGGAGAUGGAGAGGGGAUAUGCGCCUUGGGUUGUUGAUGAGUUUGGGCUAGGGGAGGUGUUGAGGGGGAAGAGGAGGGUGAGGGAUGCGUGGGGGAUGGGCGAGGGGUGGUUUUUGGAUGACAAGGAGGGGGUGAGGAUGGGCAUUAAGAGCGUAGUGGUUGAGUUCGAGGAUGGUAGUAUUGGAGAAAUGUUGGAUAAAAAUGAGAAGUUACCCUGGGAGAUGAAGGUUAAUUUGGUGCCUGCGAAAUAG